AUGAUCGAUGAUAUCACAGCAUGCUCUAAUCUGGAGGUUUUCGAAUAUCAACACGAUAACAAUGCCAUUUGGGGGGAAAGCUAUAUCGACUUUUACCCUUUUCUGUUCUACAAUGCGUCAUCUAUGCAAAAGCACAGCCUUCGAGAGCUUCGACUGAACAACAAAGGGGAAUUUAGGCCUGUGGAUAUUGAUGACGAAGGGGAUUUGAAUACCUUUGGAUAUCUCAUUGAAUUCCAUCAACUACGCGAACUUCGCAUACCAACACGCACCCUUUUACAAUUUGGUUCAAACGACCAGCCAAGAGUCUCUCUUCUAGAGAUUCUCCCACCAAGCCUAGAAUAUCUCAAUCUCGCAUAUUGUCGGGAGGAAGACUUCGAUAUUAUCAUCAGGAAUCUUCGAAGCAUGCUGGCGAAACGAGAGAAGCAGUUCUUGAAUCUCAAGAGACUUGAAAUUGGGCCCGAUGUCCUGGAGAUGAAUCCAGGUGCUGAAUAUUAUCACUCAACGAAUUUCGCAGUUCCAGAAUCGACGCAGCAAUCAUUUGCAUCAAUUCAGUUAGUCUGUCGCGAAAUGGGAAUCCAGUUCGGGUUCAGAAAAGAUGGAGAUUGUACGAUUCGUAAUUGGUAA